AUGGUACUGGCCGCCAGAGAUACCACCACUGGAGAGGAUGUUGCCAUCAWGUGCAUCACCAAGUCCAGUGCGACUGCGGCUGUCAAUUGCCCCGUCUCCGUCGCCACGGAUGACCACUCGGAGGAGCUCGCAAUUCAUUCACGCCUAUCGAGGCACCCCAACAUCGUCAACCUUCUCCAUGACUUUGAGACCGAGAAUCACCGUUACAUGGUCCUGGAGCUCUGCAACAACGGGGACCUCUACGAGGCUAUCCGUGUUGGCAAGGGACCUCUGGAGACGGGUCAUGUGCGAGACUUCAUGUUGGAGUUGGUCCGCGCCGUGGAGUAUCUCCACGCCAAUGGCGUCUACCAUCGCGACAUCAAACCCGAGAACAUCUUCCUGACCUCCGAAGGUUCCAUGAAGCUUGGGGACUUUGGGCUUGCUACAACCGACACCUGGUCCACGGAGUUUGCUGUUGGAUCUGACCGCUACAUGGCGCCUGAGCAAUACGAUGCAUCUGUCUACGGUUACGGUUACUCGCCGGCCGCUUGCGACAUCUGGGCAAUUGGAAUUGUCCUUUUGAACGUCUUGUUUCAACGCAACCCAUUCGCAACGCCCUCGCAGAAGGAUGUGCUCUUCGCCGACUUUGCACGUGACCGUCAGAGCCUAUUCGACAUCUUCCCAACACUCAGCUCAGAUACAUACAACGUGUUGGUUCACUCAUUGGCCCUGGACCCGGCGAACCGUUCUCUCGCAGCCGUGAAGGAGGCUCUGAAUGACGUUGUCAGUUUCACCGUCGACGAUGAAUCCUUGGAUGACUUCUGCACCGAACAAAAUGACAUGGUCCCAAUCACCGCAACCGCCGCUCGCGAGCCACUGCGUACUCCUUCACUUGGCAGCGCUUCUCUGGCCGGCGGAGAUGCUUUCCCUUGGGCCACUGCUUUACAGGCAACACCACAAAAGCCAUCCCGCCAGCUUUCCACUAUUCGCGAUGAGGACAUGGAUAUGUUCCCAGGCGCCACUGGUCAAUACGCUGAUGCUGACGAGGCUUCGCUUUCUUCCAAUCUCGACUCCGGCGUUGGGGGCUUUUCUUACAAAAGUGCACAGAGCUCGAUGCACUCGGUCAAGCCCAAGACCAGCUUCGUUGGAUCUUUGCCCAUCAGCUUCACUAGGCCGAAGACGGCUCCGUAUGGUGGUCUCAGCUCUGGCUUCUCUAAGAGCUGGUCGGAUCUGUAUGACGAGGAGGAGGAAGCGAUUCAAGAGGAGAUCCAACCUUACGAGGAUGCGGCCGACGCGGGCAGCGAGAUCGAACGGGUGAGCACUGCAAAGCCGAGCACGCCUCAGCUGCAGACUCUCAAACUUGACGAUGGCCGCGGCAGUCUGACCCCUCGCGGUUUCCCACCUCGUGGUCUCGUAGACAUCGGUCCCAAUGUUCGAUGCGCUAGUCCUUUGGAUCUAUCUGCCAACGAGGCUAAGCCUGCGGUGGAUCAACCAAAGAAGUCCAUAUUGGACAAGUGGGCGGCUUUGGGAAACUUCCGGCGUGCUCGGGCCGAUCCAAGUACUGUCACCGCACCUGCGGUCAUCGCGACUCCGCCGCCCGCCCUCAAGACCAAGUACUCGACGGCUUUUGGCAAUUUUACAGCUUUUGGCAGCAACAAGAAGUCAAAGGCUCAGCCGCAAGCUCGUGACCGUGUCAGUCCACAGCGACUCCGGUCGAACUCCAACAACAACACCUGGCAGGAGUCUAACGACUGGCGUUUGAAGACCCCGGCGAAGACUUCUCCAUCCCCACCGCUGUUCCGACAGAGAUCGAGUGGGUCACAGCAACGCAACUCCGACAAAUGUUUCCUUGAUGAAUACCCUGAAGAUGACGACGAUAUCGAGAUGUUUAGCAUGGAAAGCGAAAGCUUUCAUGCUAAUUGA